AUGGAGUGCCUAAACCCAGAAGCUUCAGUGGAUGACUGCAACAUGUCGGAGAUGAUCGGAUAUCUUGGCGCCAUCCUUGCCGGAGUCUUUGUUUGCAGCUGUGCACUAAGUGGCUGCUGCUUCUAUUGCCGAUGGAAGAUGAAGAAACCGGAUGUGGGAGCAAUCACCCUCAAAAGUUCGAAAACAGGCGUGAAGGAGGAAGUUCGCUUCCAUGUCUUCGAGCGGAAAGGAACCGAGGAGUCACAGGCACAGGUCGGCCCAGCAAAGUCGACGAAAUCUGCAGCCUCUUCAGCCAGCCGCAAAAGCGGAAAGGACAAGAAAACAGUGGUAUCCUGGCAGCUUGAUACACAGAGCCCAUCUACAAGAAGCCUGGUUUCUACGGGCAAGGUGUUAUUGACGACAGUUGGGGAGGGAAAGGCUCCACGCGACUUGCGUGGCCAAGCUGCUUCGAACGCUCCAAGCAAUGCGACGUCACCUAACCGGAGGUCAAAGCCGAAGAAAGAGAAGGACAAAAAGGUCCAAGAAAGUCGAUGGCGUGCUGGCAUUGCAGGGCUGACGAAGAUUCUCAACUCGGGCUGCGGCUUUCGCAAGGAUGCUUACUCCGUCAAUGAGAAUGUCGAGUACUUCUCUGCUUCGAAUGGAAUUUGGACACACGCAGUCAUCGUUUCGUCUGGAGCAUUUGGCGAUGACGGUCUUCCAUCCUAUACAGUUCGGGUUGGACGGCAGCGCCGUCACAAUGUUCCUAUCAAGUUCAUCAGACCUACGCUUGCGGAGGGGGAACAUGUUGGCUUUUUUUCUGGCCUUGAAACCUCUUGGACGAAUGCCAAGAUCGUCUCACCUCCAAGAGCUUUGAUGUUGGGUUACGAGCUGGAUGUGCUGGAUGAGAAGAGUGUGCCUGCUGUGGCAGUAGCUGGCCGCCUUAGGCAAAUGCAACACGGUGCUUGA